AUGCUCUAAGAGCAUGAUUAUUGGAGGGUUCCUAUUACCCCGCCAAUAAGACUUCUCCUUCCAUUGUCCACAGAAAACUACAAUCAUCAUCCACUCAAAAAUAUCACAAACACACAAACCGGAUCUCCGACAAUCUGUUCCAAACUAUGGCUCAGCAUCAACCAAUGUUUCAGACAAAGCCAGAAGAACAUUUGGUGCAGAUUCCCGUGAACAUCGAGCGUGACUCAACCACACUCGUAAAUCCAAACCGGAAACCAAACCACUGGCCGACGAUUCUCCUAUCAACCAUCUUCGUCAUCAUAGGCCAAUGCAUAGCCAAACUCCUCGAAAACUUCUACUACGAACAAAUCAACCGAAGCGAGUCCAACAAACACCACCAAAACGACAGCGUUUGGACUCAAGCUCUCCUCCAAACCGUCGGAUUCCCUCUCCUCCUCCUCCCAUUCAUCAUCCUCACCACCAAGAAACACAACAACCCUCCCAUAACUUCCGACCAGUUCCACUACAAAUCCUUGGCAGUAAUCUACAUCUGCAUCGGAAUCCUCAUGUCGGUCCAAGCAAGACUCUCCGCUAUGGGAAAGCUCGAGAUAUCGUUUAUUCUCUUCACUCCCAUCUCCUUAACACAGCUCUUCUUCACUCCCAUCUUCGCGCGCUUCGUCAACAAAAUCAAGCUCAACAGAUGGGUCGUAAUCUCCUUGGUUUUCGCCAUCGGCGCCGGAGCUCUCACCUUCACAUCCCCGUUCGGCGGCGUGUCAUACAACCGGGAGCAUAAGUACGCGAGAAGCGUAUGGGCCGCUCUGUUCGCCGCCGUAUGCUUCUCUCUCCUCCUCUGUAACAUCCAAAACGUCUUCGACAGCUAUAUCUUCAAACGCACGGAAUCAACCACCAGAAAACCAAGCUUCGCGUCCGUUUUCGAAGUCAUAAUCUUCUCCUCCCUCGUCGCCACGCUCAUCUCCACGGUGGGUCUUCUCAUCGCCGGUGAACAACACGGUUUGGAGAGAGAGAUGAAUGGUUUCCCGAAAGGGAAAGGUGCGUACGUGAUGGUUAUGGUGGGCCAAGCCGUUUCGUGGCAGUUAUACUGGGUCGGGAUCGUGGGACUCGUCUUCUCUGUCUCGAGCGUGUUGUCGAAUGUGAUCAGCGUCGUUACGUGGCCGAUCUUGUCGUUGCUUGUUGUGGUCUUCUUUAACUUCAGGAACUUCACGGGCGAAGGCGAUGAUGAGUUCGAUACUUUCAAAGGUUUCGCUUUCAUUCCUGCCGCGUUAAGCGUCGCCGCUUAUUUCUUUGGGCUUCACAAAGAGAAUCGCAAUAGUACAACAAAUUAGACCUUUUCAUCUUAGCUUCACAAGCAGACUAAGUUAGCUUCCUUCCAUACCCUCAGAUGAGAGAAUCGGGAAUAAAUUGGUUAGCCGUGAUCAAAGUUACACCUCGAGGACGAAUCAUCAGUGGAGAAGAACCACCAUUGCAAGAAGAACAGAUAAAUGAAGUCGAAGAACCUGAACAAGAAAUUGAUGACAUUCUUCUCAUUGAUCCGCAUAAUCAUGAGUACGAAGAUCUUACCGACGAUGCCACAGACGAAGCUGUUGAAGACGAGUUUAAUAAAAAUGAUGAUGUUUCUAGUAAUGAAGAGAAUGUCGACGUAUCCGAUUGAUAUAUUUGUUUUUAAUAAGAUUGAAUUUCAGAUUUAAUGCAUGUGAUUUGAUGGA